CGGCGCCCGCCCCUCCCCCGCCGGGCCCGCCCCUUGUUGGGGGCCGCCGCGCGCAGUUGGCCGCCGCCACCUCAGCCGCGCAGGGUCCGGACAGACGCUCGCCGCCCUCAGCCUUCCUCCUGCCUCCCGGCGCUGACGGUCCCACACACCCGCCGCCGCAGCCGGCGCGCCCGAUUCAUCCAUGAGCUCGGAUUUCCCACAUUACAACUUCAGGAUGCCUAAUAUUGGAUUCCAGAAUCUUCCUCUCAACAUAUAUAUUGUGGUUUUUGGCACUGCUAUAUUUGUCUUCAUCCUCAGUUUACUCUUCUGUUGCUACUUGAUUAGGCUAAGACAUCAAGCACACAAAGAAUUUUAUGCCUACAAACAGGUUAUAUUAAAAGAGAAAGUAAAAGAACUGAAUUUACAUGAGCUCUGUGCAGUGUGUCUAGAAGACUUCAAGCCUCGAGAUGAGUUGGGCAUUUGUCCAUGUAAGCAUGCCUUCCACAGAAAGUGCCUUAUUAAGUGGCUGGAGGUUCGGAAGGUGUGUCCACUGUGCAACAUGCCAGUUCUGCAGCUGGCCCAGCUGCACAGUAAGCAGGACCGUGGACCCCCACAGGGGCCCCUGCCCGGGGCAGAGAACAUUGUAUAGCUCCCCCAAGGAUCAAACUGCUGCGGGAUCCAAUGUCCAUGUGGAGCCAGGAGGAACACAGGUGGUCUCUGUGUUGGCUGCUCUACCUGGGGCACCAGCUACCACUUCCUUUGCCUCGUGAAGAACUCGGGCCAGCUAAGCUGGAAACCCAGACUUCUGGGUCUUGUGACAACCAAAGCACGCUGACACUACCCCAUGCCAAGAGAAGAGGAGUGGAUGAAGGAUGAGCCCUCCAGUUAUUUUCAAGAAAUGUCAUGAGGGUCUCUUGCUGAUGCCAUUACUCUGUCUCCCAGAUACUUAUCUCCAUGUCAAGGUGAAUCUUUAUCAAGCAGAAGGGAAGAUAAACAGAACUGUUAGAGAAGGGAACUGAGGGCAGGUCUUUAAAGCCACCCCGCCCCCUACCCUGUGGACAGAUGAGCUUCUAUGCAGACCGUGCAUGCCUUUGCAGCAGCAGACCCUCCCGGCAGUCCCUGAGCCAAGUAAAACCAGCGGUUACCUCAGCUGAAGCACGACUGGUUGCCAGUGAUUGGUGAGGCAGUGCCAACAAGGCUUUUCACAUUAUGUUCCUUUGAUAAGGUCAUCUUGGAACCCAAGGGCUUUGGUUAUCACAGAGCAGCAGUGCCCCUCACCACCCGCUUCUCCCUCAAGUUCACGACACUUGCUUAUCAAAUCAUCUGGAAACAUUAGAUGUGCUUGGAAAGGCCUGGUCAGAAGCCAUUUCCUCUUAUUUCCCCAACUCUCCAGUGAGGCCUGGCCAAGCUGCCCAUCAGGAGCCCCAGCUGGGUGUGGACCUCUGAGCCAAUGCUGUCCCUGUGUGACCCAGAGGGCCUCAGGGUGCUGCCCACACCACCACAUGCACAGUGUGGCUCCGGCACAGCUGCUAGUCUCAGCCCACUGCCUUGGUAAAGAGCUGCUGUGAGCCCCUCAGACAGCUCCCAAGGGGAGCUCCCUCUUGAGAAUGGCCAGUCCUCCGAGCCCUGCUGUGAUGAGAGGAUGCUGACCCCCUUGCCUCUCCCUUCUCCUUCCCUGUUCUCUUCUUUCUAGAUACCAUUUCUACUUGAGAAAAUGCCGGUUUUAACAAUUUGAAACAUCCCAAAUAAGAUCCUUAUGUAAUUCUGAAGCUGGGGAUCCACUUGAAAUUGUAAAUAGUGUCAGGAAGCUCCUACGGGGCACUGUUCCCCUGCUGGUGUGUGCCUCACUAUUCAGACUUGCGAUAAGUAACUGAAAGUGUCUUUAUAGGAGAGAAAUGCAUGCUGCUCUUUAGCCCUUUCUGUCCAAAUUUUCUAGAAAUGACUCCCCAUCUGUUCAGAUUCAUGAAUACUGUACAAAUCAGCUAUCUGAAAUGGCUUUGGGUCAGAUAGAAAGUUCUUUUCUUCUUUCUACGUCCUUCUGUCAUGGGGUAGACUCCUCGUCAACAGCUUUGCUCCAUUCCACAGGUGUGAGGAGGACAGUUUCUCGUUGGAAAUGUGGUCUGCAUGGCAUAGAGAGUGGAUGGAAGAAGCUUUGCUACUCUAUUUGUGGCAGGUCUCUAGGGAUUUUUUUCUGGAAUCUAGCCUCUGCGGUCUUAAAAUGGAAGAGGGAACCUGUCUUUGGCUCAGGUGGCUGGGGCCAGAGGAGGAGGAAAAUUCCCACUAGCCUAGGAAAGUGCUGGGCAGAAUCCAGCUUGGAAAAUUACAAAUCCAGUUGGUCAGAAUUGGCUGUUUGCUCCGUGUGACCUAUUCAUGGCACGCCAACUGGCUGCUGGCUAAACGGGGCAAGGAAGUGUGGGAUCUUUUUAUAUGAAAGCCUUAGCCUGUUGGGCAUCCUUGAAAAGAACUUUUCAUGCAUUCCUACUUCCAUCGUUUCUGUGUUCUGUAUCCGUAGCAUAAUGGAGCUGAAUGCUGUAAAGCACCCAGUUUACAGUGCAAGGUUUCCAGUGACCAGUUCAGAAAUAAGCCUGCUUCUGGACUAGCCUCAUUAGUGGCCAACACCCACCAUUUCCCAUGGAAUGGCCUUGGGAUGAAUCUCACCUUGUCAUUAAUGGGGUUAGAACAGGAAAGAAUUUUUCUCCUCAGAGGAGGAAUUCUCGUGUUCUAAACUGCAAAUGAUCUCCACUCACAGCUUCAGCACGCUUAUAACCCAUCAGUUGCAGCCUUUUUCUGUCCUGUGCGUCGGUGUGAGACCGCCCCACAAGUCCCUAUAUGUGUAGGGAAGUAGAUGAAUUCAUUUCCUGUUACCACAGGAAGCGCAAGUGGACAUGGUGCGGAGUUCCGGCCGGUAGAGGAAAGUUCAAGAACGCUGUGCACUCUCCCCUGGGCACAACCCCCCACGAGGUACCACCCGCAUGACCUCAGCACCCAUGAAUGUGGAGCGCUUUGUAAAUGCAGCUCUUCCCCCAGGGUGGGGCUGGACAUGGAGUGCCGCUUGCGGUCAUAUUUCUUGGCUCCAGGCUCCAUCGUCUCCCUGCAGCAUAUGGCCAGCACCACUCACGGUAGUUCCUGCAACUGUUAGCAACACAGCCUGAAUGCACUUGCUCCCCACAUCUGGGUCUUCCUCCAGGACUCUCUGCUGCACUGCUGUAACUGCCAGUGGCCAGCACUUCACUUUUACAUCUAUCUUUAAUUCUGAGUAAAAUACAGCCUUCUGUGGUAAUGUCCAUCUGGACAUUAACAAGUUAAGGAUCCCCUAAUAUUCUUGGCACAAGCCUAUACCUUAGAGGCCAGCCUUGCCACAUCUGUCUUUUGUUGGUGAGUUGAUGGUGGCCUUUUGUUAAUCUCUAGACACAUGGAAAAUCUCUAGACACAUGGGGCCUUUGGUCUGUCUGCUCUUGGGCCACUGGCUGGUGACAUGGUAAUUUUCUUACUUUCUCUUAAUGAGUCUUAAGCAGCUCAAAGAUCGGAUGUUACUUGUAUGGUGUGGGUUAAAAGAAUGUAACUCAGCCCCAACUGAACUCCAUGGGUGGCUGCAUCAUUAUCUAGUUAUUGCUAGGGGUAUAGCUGAAUUUAGCUGGCUUUAGAAACGGAACAAAACCAGCCUGACUGGAUUCCUGAAUGAGUAGGCGUUAAGAUAUUGUUCUCAGCCGCUUUUAUUUGCCACAGUGUGUUUGGUUGGGCCCGUCCCUAGCAGGUAAGGUACUUGUAGUCUGCACCCACCAAGGCAGGGAGCAGGACAAGACAGAAAUGGCCAGAUGGGAGCAGAUGGCCCAUGGGAAGUUUGGGGUGAGGAGUACAGGGAACAUCCCAUCAUUGCCAGAUAGCUUGUUCUUGACAAGUCUUGACAAAUGAAGAACCUUUCCUCCAAUGCCAAGUCUCUUGGGCCCAUCAGGGGAAUGAUUUGCCCCUUUCCACAGACCCACUUCAAAGCCUGUCACCUCCAUAGCCUGCUCCUGCUCUGCUAAGCUAUUCUGAACAACUGUAGUAAUUUUCUGAAAGGUUGAGAAUUACAAAAUGAACACAGGGAGGCAUCCCUAGAGCUCUGGACUGAAAAAAUGCGCAGAGUGACUUGAAAUCCUCCCUGGCCAUUCAACAGCCAAGCGUCUUUAUGCAAGUUAGCCUCUCAAAGCUGGUUUCCUUAUUCAUCACCUAAGAAUUGUAGUAAUGUUUUUGCUGGUUCUUGUGUGGACCAGCCACGUCCAAAGCCUGGUGGGAAGUUGGCCUGGGGUUGUGGAAGCUCUUGAGUAGGGGACAUCAUAAUGCACGUCACGCGGGGCUCUUCUGUAGUUUGGGUAGCAACAAAACCUCAGCAGGAGCCUCCUGAGGGACAGGGGGCUGCCCCUGGGGUCUAGGUUUGUCUGGGCCCCUUCCUUUGCCUCUCCAGAUAUUCCCUAGUCACCUCCAUGUAACUUUGCCCAUAGAGCUCCCUAAGUGCUAUUCCUUAAGUUUUUGAGUAGGUAAUCCCUUCACAUAGUUCACAAGUCAUAAAGUCUUCCUUGCAUCCCUGACCUGACAAGCCCAACUUUAACACCCCUUGAACUCCUUUUAGUUUGUUCCAUGUAGAUCCUUCCAGUGACAAUUUAUGCAUAUACAGGUAAAUACACACGUGUAUGUAUACACGAGUGCUUGUGUGUGUAUAUAUAAUUUUUUUUUUUUUUUUUUUUUUUUUUACUUAUGUGAUACCAGAACAGUAUAUCCAAGGAGCAUUCCUAUUCAUGGGGGAAGAGCCACCCAGAAGGCAGAGUAUCUGUAAAAGGUGAGCCCAUAAUUGGGGGAUGUCUUUGCAAUCACAUUCCUUUUUGAAUAAGGCAUUUUUUAUUGACUGCAGCAUACUGGAAUUCUUGUUUUCCAUACAAAGCAGAAACAGCAAUCCCUCCAUGGCCCUUACCAAACAGAUGCUCGGAUAGUACGUGAGCACAACCAAUUUCUAGACUGUCUUCCUGGUCUGUGACGGGACACUCAAAAGCAGGUUCCACUCUCUUGCUGACAGCAGCAGUGCAGAACUCUGGUCCUGGUCCAGCAGUCUUUGCAGGGCCUGGACAAGCUGCCCCCACCCCCACCAAACCCUAUCUGAUGGGGUGAUGUCUGGCUACAACAGCCAUGAUUUCUUAGGUGAGCUCCUGUUUUUGAGGCAGGGGAUGUGAGAAGCAGCAGCAACUAAAGCCUCAGGCAGCCUUCUUCUUGGGGGGUGGGUGGGUGGGAGGUCUCAGAUGAUGCUAAGCAGGUAGGUGGGCAGUCUCCUCCAAAUUAACCAUAGAUACACACCGUUCAGGGUCCAUAUUGAAGGUCAUGUGCUCUGCUCCCUUUCCCACCCCACUCUUUAUGCACACAUUAAAAAGAAAAUGCUUCCCACAGAAUUUUCUCCAUUC